CACAAUGGCCACGGUCUCAAGGGCAAAGAUGAUCUUGUCGGAGAUGAAUCUGCGGAUACACACAAACACAUACCACCGAAACCAGUCGCCUGCCCCAGUUCGCAUGGCCCGACAUGAAGCGAUUCCACCAACCUAUCAUUCUUUGAUGGCCGAUGUCGAUGGUCUCUCCAAUCCCGGAGAUGAGGACUACUCGCCCCAGGAGAAUAUCCGAAUGUUAGCAGCUUCUCGCAAGGCAUCGCUAGAGGCGCUGAAACUCUACUCGGGAUGUUUUGAUUUUCACCCUACGCCCAUGGAGCGAUUCUGUGCAUCCAGUCCGUCGGCACCGUUCGGAGACGUGGAAUCCCUGGAUGCGAGCUACGUGGCCUCGGAGAUGAGGAUGAUCACGGGCACCGGGUGCGAAGCAGACACCUGCCCUGGAAGCCCAAGGCCAUCAUCGGACACACUAUCGGUGUCGAGAUACCAGGAGCCCAGAAAGGAGAGAAGAGAGCACGUGGUGGGACGGAGUCGAACUCGCAGAAGGCUGCAAAAGAGUCGGCGUAGCCUGGCACACAGGAUCCGAGGAUCCUUUGGAACCCGUUGA